UAUACGGGUCAACUGAAACUUUUUGUAUUAUAUUUAAAUUAAAAAAAUUUUGUCAUACAUAAAAUUAAGAAUUUUCCAAAUGUUUUUAUUAAAACUUUACACGUUUAGUUUUGUAUUAUUUUCUGUGAUGAUGUAUACAAAUUCAAAGACGACAUUAAGAGAAACAGUAGAUCAGUUAGAUAAGAUGUUAAGGUAUUCGGGAUGGAAAAAUUUAAAUGAUUUGAUCUCCAUAACAUAUUAUAGAAAAGUAUAUUAUCUUCAAAAAUUGAUUAAAAUACCUACAAAACGUACUAAAGGUGGUCAAAAAAUAAGAGCUUUGACUAUAUAUCUUGGAUGUACAUACUCUAAAGUUAUGAAUGAUCUAUUAUUAGUUAUUAUCAAUGUCCUAAAAGUGUGUCGGAAAAAAUUUGUUGAAGAAAAUGAUAUUAAAAAGGGAUGUAUUUGCACUGAACAACUCGUAAAUAUAAUAUCCUUAUUAAUUUCUCCACUGGCUACAUUGUUGAAAGACGCUAUGGAUGCUCUGGAUUUACUACAUGAAAUACCUAUGGCAUAUUAUAAAAAUAUCUACAAAAUAAGUCCUAAUUUAGGAAAAAUUGGAAAUAUUCUUGACAAUUUAAACGAACGAACUUUAUCACGUAAUAAUAUAUCUUCAUACCUUUGGACAUUGAAUACUAUAGAAGAAUUUUAUCAAAAAAUAGGGGGAAAAUUAUAUAAUGACACUGUAUUAUAUUGUGAAUUUGUAACUUUUAAUACGAGUUCUUUAUGGAAGGAAUGGAACAUAGAAUAUAAUGCCAUUAUUAAUAAAAACAUAAAAUUAGGGUUUUUCAAAUUCUUAAAAGGACAAAUUAAGAAUUAUAUUAAGACAAUAAUUGUAGAGAAGUAUUUUCAACUUGGAUUUAAAUAUGAUCCAUUCCUUGAAGAAACGUUUAUACCAAUAUCAUACAAAUCAUUUGAAAUAGAAUUGGAUCUUAAAAAAAUAGAUGAAGAGCCUCCAAUACCAAUACAAAUAGAAAACCAUUAAAAGUUCUAAUUAAAAUAUAUAAAAAUAUUCUCAGAAUAUACUUUGGCAGCGAAUUACAUUCUCACAAUAUUUUAAAAGUAUAACUCUAAAAUAUUAUAAAAUAAAAUAUUUUGCAAGAUGUUCUAUGAAUAUAUUAAAAAAUGCAAAAAGUCAGGAACAAACCUUAUAUUCCGAAUGCUAGAGACACACGCGUCACAAACAGACCCACAGUUUUCAACGACUUUGAAUAAUAAAAAAAGGCUAUUUAAGGUAGGUUUAAUUUUCAAAGUAAUUUUUCUCAUUUGAAAAAAUUCAAAGUUAGUGCAGCAAUAUAUCCGAUUUAGAUUAGAUUCCUAUAACUUUUUUGAAAAUCGAUGAUCCCAUCACCGUGACCUCUAUUUGUAAGUUAGAAAUUGAUAAUCAUUGGUAAUAUAAAUAUAUAUUGUAAUUAUAAUAAAAAAACUUUUUAGGGUUUUAAGUUUCACAGGACAAUAAUAAGAUAUAAUUCUCAUAGUCACCGUGAAGACAAAAUAAAGACCGAAUUUUUUUUCUACCAUAAUAAAGUAUAUUAACUUAGCUUUAAUUUAAUAUAUCUAUAACAACUUUUUCACAAAAAAUUAACUUUUGAAAGUGUUUUAGAA